UGAUGCAUACAGGGUUUUGCAGGGUAUACCCGCGAGUUGGCAGAGCAAUGUGCAUUUAAAAUUGUUUACAAAUCAUAAACUCCGUAUAGCUUGGAUAUACUGACCUUGGUAGAUGUUGACAUUUGUUCCACCGACUUUGUUUACCAACAAAUCCUGAUGCUGGUUCCGAAUGGCGAUCGUUGCACAGGAAUUAUUAUCUAUUUGUCGGUUUUGUUUGUGCCAGGAGGAGAAACAGUUGAUGCCCAUUACAAAAAUAAUACACCCUUCACUAACAAUUGAAGAUGUACGACGAUUCACUGGUAUACAGGUAAGAUAAAGCCAUCUUCCUAACCCAAACAGUACACGACUACAUUUGAAUCUUGCUUUUCAGCUACAUCGGAACGAUGCGUUACGGCUAGCAAUGUGUUUAGAAUGUUUCGACAGUCUCAGAAGAUCUGCCGACUUCCGGAAUGCAUGCAUACGUAACGAACCCACCUUCCAUCAGAUGUGCAUUGGGCCAUCUACCAGUGAAAACCACGGGCUGGCUAAAAACACACAGGAUGUAGAUCCGUUGGAGGUUCAAAUAGAAGUUCUUCGAGUUGAAACUGAGCUGUUCGAUGAGGACACGUUUGUGAAUGGCAAUCAAAAUACAAGCACCGUCCCAUCCCAUCAAGAAAUUGCGACAAAAAACAAUGACCAGUACUCGGCCAACUGCAUCGCCAUAAACGAACCGCCGGCCGAAAGGCUCACUGUAAGGCAAGCUCCCGACAGCGAUAAGGAAACACCGAAUGAUGAUGAUUUUACUUGGCACGAGAGCGAAACAGACCCAGCACGAGAUGGGAAGCAAAAACUCGUCCGCAAAAAACGUCCCAAUAGAAAACGAGCAGGUGCCGAACAGAUCACAAGAAGGGACCCUGCACGCGAAGCGAAGUCGUCUUCCACAGGUGGUCGUAGUGCACGUGUGCUUUGCAGCAUAUGCGGGACGUUCGUAAGCAACCUGAAUUUUCAUCAAAACUAUCACCACGCUAAAACGUCCAUCAAGCUUUCCUGCCCACACUGUCCGGCCAAGAUCACGCAUCAGAAAAACCUGACGCGACACAUCAAUACGGUACAUCUGAAGAUAGUGGAGAAGACGUGUGAAAUAUGCGGCAAAGAGUUCACCACUAAUAAUAGCUACGUGUCCCACAUGGACUCACAGCACUACACAGGCGAGCCGCUCGAAUGCAGCGUGUGUGGGAAGAAGUUUAGACACGCGACCAAUCUGAGGCGCCAUACAUAUGCAGUGCAUAAUGCAAAACGAUAUUGCUGUGGGAUUUGCGAUAAAUCAUUCAAAUCAAGCGGACUGCUUAACAUCCACCAACGCGUUCAUUCAGACGCUCAGCCGUACGCGUGUAGCCAGUGCCCGAAGCGUUUCAAAAGCCGGUUUGCAAGAAAAACGCACGAAUUGACACACAGUGGCGUUCUGUUUAAAUGUACGCUUUGCGAAAAAUCCUACCGUUAUAAAUCGCUGCUGAGCAUGCAUAUGAGAAAGAUGCACCCGGAGGAAAACACGCAUAAUGAGGAAGAAUCAAUAUGAGCAGCGGUUAAUCGAAGCAAUGCACUCAGCAUAUUAUUGUAACAUUAAGCUUGUUCUUCUUAUUUGGUGCAACAGCCCAGGCGAUCUAGGCAUCCAUUAAUAUGAUUGGCAAUCUGUAGCUUAAAUAGAUGUAUGAUAGAUAGAAUAAGCCCUUUACGGACAUAGUUGUAAGUCGUGCUAGUUGACGACUGUACCACAAGACCCUCGUUUAAGUUACAUUAAGCAAGAAGAAAUAUACAAAGCAUCAUAAUAUUUAAAAAUAUAAAACAAUCUUUAAAGAAA